GUCUGAGGGCGGCUCAGUCUCCAGAACGCAGCUGGGAGUUCCAGAGCCAUGUCUUGGCUCCAGAGCUGCUGAAGAGCCACAGACGCUUGCCGCCUGCGGUCUCUGGGAAGAGAACUCCAGAGCGGAGGAGGCCUCAAGCGUGGGAUAUGAGAGACAAGCGCAGAAUUGAGGACUUCCACAGAUUGCUGGACACUGUGAGUUGACAGCCAAACAGAAGACCUGACAGAGCUCCAUGAACAUCUACACACACGCAUAAAUACCACACUACACACAGCUACAGGAGGAAACGUGAAUUACUACAUUCUUCUGGUCUGUGCAGAGGCAGACUGAAGUAGGGGAAAAAAAAAAGAAAAGCCAGAACAAAAAAAGGAGGAGGUGGCAGACAGGGAGGAGAGAAUCACAGCAGCCAUGAGAGUAGAAACAUGGAACCUGGGCAUGAUGCUCUUCUUCUGUCUUGCUGCCCUGGGCAGCUGUCACUCAGGCAAUGAGCCAGUAUUGUCUAGGCGUCGCCGGGCACCAGUUGAUGAUGCCAAAAGGUGCUCGUACACAUUCUUGGUGCCUCAGCAGAAGAUUACAGGACCUAUCUGCGCGUCAGCCACAGGGCCUGAGCCAGAAAAGGAUCGAGUGACGCGCAUGGACAUCUCUGACCUGAAGGAAGUGCUGUCCAAGCAGCAUCGCGAGAUUGAGACGCUGCAGCUCGUGACCGAUGUGGACAGCAACUUGGUUAAUGAGAUGAAGCUCUUGCGCAAGGAGUCGCGCAACAUGAACUCACGUGUCACACAGCUCUACAUGCAGCUACUUCAUGAAAUAAUACGCAAGCGUGACAACUCGCUGGAGUUAGUGCAGCUCGAGAACCGGGUGCUUAACGUGACAUCCGAGAUGCUACGGCUGGCCUCGCGCUACAAGGAACUGGAGCUGCGCUUCGCUAACCUGGCUGCCACCGUCAACAAUCAGUCAGUGCUGAUCUCCAUGCUGGAAGAGCACUGCAUGCGCGGGUAUGGACGCCACGAGCUGCCUGCCGUGCCACCGCUGGUGCAGGUGGUGCCUGAGAACAUCCCGGCGAACAACAACCGCUUCACCAACGAGAUCCAUAGGGAACACAACAACCGAGCCUUCCCACGUGGCUCGCGCAUGGACGUCCCACCAACCGCUGACCCUCUGGGCAUCCCACCAGCACCACAGGGAACCCUGAACUCUGACGGCCCAUUCCGCGACUGUUAUCAAGUUUGGCAGGCGGGGCACAGCACCAGUGGGAUGUACCUUUUAAAGGCAGAGGGCAGCGAAAGGCUGAUCCAGGCUUGGUGUGAGCAGGGGUUGGACAACGGCGGCUGGACUGUCUUUCAGAGGAGAAAAGACGGCUCAGUCAACUUCUUCAGGAACUGGGAGAACUAUAAGAAAGGCUUUGGAAACAUAGAUGGUGAGUACUGGCUGGGGCUAGAGAACAUCUACAACCUGGCCAAGCAAGGGGACUACAGGUUGAUGGUGGAACUGGAAGACUGGUCAGGGAAGAAAGUCUACGCUGAGUACAGCAGCUUCCGGCUAGAGCCUGAGCUUGAGGGCUAUCGCCUGCGCCUGGGCACCUACCAGGGUAACGCCGGCGACUCGCUGACCAGCCACAAUGGCAAGCCCUUCACUACGCUGGACCGGGACAAGGACUCUUUCACAGCAGGCAACUGUGCCCACUUUCACAAAGGCGGCUGGUGGUACAACGCGUGCGGGCAGACUAAUCUGAACGGUGUGUGGUACCCCGGAGGCGUGUACCGCAGCAAGUUCCAGGACGGGAUCUUCUGGGCUGAUUACGGAGGAGGCUUCUACUCACUCAAGUCUGUCCGCAUGAUGAUUCGGCUGAUCGACUGAGAGCUGCUCCUUGUCCCUUCAUCUCGUUCAAUAUAACGUGUUUAUUCAGUAAAAUAAUAAUUUAUAAUCAUUCUUUUACCUUACCAAGGACAGCACAUCUAUAAGAACUUGUAGUGCUCAACAUUAUGGGACGAUUCAUAGGCACCAAAAAAGCGUAUAGAGAGAGACCAUAUAAGGAUCAUAUGAGGAUUCUCUGCAGUCAGUGUGAGAAUGAGAAGAGUUCAUGCUCCUCCACUUUCUGGAUCCUGCAAUCUCAGUCUGGUUUCUGUCUCUCUUACAGACAGAGUUUUCACAUUUUCACCCCUUUGACAAAAUUAGCUAGGAAAACCACACUGUACACAUUUCAUUUUGUGGUUGAGAUAUUUUUUCCUUAUUUUUUCCACUCUAUACACAACAAGGACUGGGAACAGUCUGGGCUGAGAGCUCAGUCAGCUUUGACGUGUAUUGGUCUGUAAAUAUCCUUUAGGUUUGUAUGUUUGCCUUGUUUUUGUUUUUGAAAGAGUUCAUUUAAGAACUCAGAUACAGAAUUGCCCUUAUCCACAUCUGUUAUUUAUCAGUAGUUAUUUAUAAUAGUUACGCUAUUUGUUAUUUAUGCCCGUUUAUGAUGUAUGUUGUGCUUUUGCCAUCCACACAUUCAUCUGCAUGUGUGUGUCGAUGUGUCACAGUACAGUCUGUAUGUACAUAAAAACACACCACAAUCAAAUAAACUUGUACAGCACUGACAGACAAAUAUUGCAUAAGCACACUUACGCAGAACACUAGCUCAGGUCCCGGGGACAAGCAAAGUUUGUGUACAGGCUUCUUUUUUUAGUGUUUGCCAGACUGUUUAGAAGAGGCAUUUUCACUGACUCACUGACUCCCAUUAUUGAAACGAACACGUUAGAGACGUCUAGCUAGCUGAAUUUCGAUCUUACUACCCUUAGCUAGCAAGCAAGUGAGCGAUACCGAGGACUUUCUGUGAUAUACAUGCAUCUGUGGCAUUUGUUCACAAACUAGCUCACCUCUGCGUCAUUUGGAAUAGCUGCAGAGAGAGAGGUAGGUUAACUAACGCUGCGUCGUUUCAUAAGGGUGUGCGUCCAUGCGUGAAAUAAUAUUCUAACGAAUAACUUAUAUUCAGUGAAGGAGUGUGAGGAUGUACUGUGGAAUGAAUGCAAUUAUAGCUACAUACUGGCUGUAUUUAUAUCAACCGUUAUGUUGUAUAUUUACAUGAAUACGUGUUCUGCGCUUAGCUAGCUAGCUAUCUAACUUUAACACAGUAGCCGAAAUCCGUGUCAUUUACCGAUGAGAGGAGAGGGAGGUUAGAUAAAGUUUCAUGUAGGUGUCUCCUUGCGUGAAAUAUUAUUUUAGCUAAUACGUUUUUUCACUUCUACUCUUAUUUGAUCUGCUUUUUCUGUGCCACAGUUUCACGUAAUAGUAGCCACACUUUUAAAAAAUGACUUAAAAAAAUACAAAACCAAAAAAAUAAAAAAUACACACAUACAUAUUUGCAUGAUACUCUAAUUUUAAAUCUACAUGAUAAAUGAUAAUAUACUCAUCUGUUUUCCUUAGAUACGUUACUCCAUUUCAUUAGCUACCACUUUUUAGCCUAGGUAACUUCACGGCACAUUGGAGCUUGGCUAACUAAUGAAUCCAUGAUUUGUCCAGUGGGCUUCCCAUACACAGAACAUCCUGAAACCUGAGGUCUUGUGCUCACUGCAGGUGAAAGCAGUUAUCAGCUCGUUGUGAUCAUUUCCAAAAAAAGAAACACUUUUUAAGCGAAUGAUUUCUGACACACGUCUCUGCUACACAAUCAACAGGGGAAAAAAAAUGCUGCUGACGGUUUAUUCAAGCAAGAUGUCAAAGCUGUCCUUACAAAUACAUGCGAUUACUCUUCAACAUAAUCUGAUAAAGAAAAGAGAAAAGGGCGAACAGAGAAAACGGGGAGGGAGCGAUUUCACAUUAAAACUAUGCAGACAUGUGAGUGAAGAGAUGUAUAUUGAGACAUUGAGACAUUGAAAAACACAUUUCUACCAUCGGGACACGGAUAACAGGAGCGCACAG